UGAAAGUAAAGGGCACAUAACGCGCUCGUUUUGCAAGAUGUUUCUUAUCACGUUUUCAUGUUGCGUCCGGGUUUAAAUGGAUCACAUAGAUGUUAUGCAUUUUUAAAGGACUGACGCGGUUUUAUUGAAGGAUUUACUAAAAUAACUUAUCUCUUGAGAAGCCAUGGCAGUCCUGGGGAGUUACUGCGGGGGCGAUGGCUCGAUGCGCGAGGCCUGGCUGGACGGGGGCCUCUCUCCCUGCUUCUACUUCACCCUGGUGCCCACCGUCCUCCUCACCCUGUCCUUCUUCUUCGGCACCUUCCACUGCGUGUGCUACCGGCGCUACGGCACGCCGAUGGAGCCCAAGUUCAUCCCGCGCUCGCGGCUGUACGGGCUGCAGCUGGCCGUGUCGGCGGCGCUGCUGCUGCAGUUCGUCGGGGGCGUGGCGUGGCGGGCAGCAAGGGGCGGGGCACUGCCCGGGUACGUGCUGCUGUAUGGGUGCCUCUCCGUGCUGGGCUGGGCCUGGGCCAUCGCCCUCCUCAGGCUGGAGCGCCGGCGGGUUCUGGUGCGAGAUCGGACCCGCGGCCACAGCACUGUUCUGCUGCUCUUCUGGGCCGUGGCGUUCUCCGCGGAGAACCUCGCCUUCGUCUCCUGGGCCAGCCCCCUCUGGUGGUGGGGCCUGGGAACUACACAAGAGCAGGUGGACUUUGCUCUCUGGUUGGUCCGUUACAUUGGCACAGGGACCCUCUUCAUCAUUGGCAUGAAGGCUCCAGGGUUGCCACGGAGACCGUACAUGUUGCUGAUAAAUGAGGAUGAGCGUGAUGUGGAGCAUGGACAGCCACUGCUGGGAGGGACGGAGUCCCAGUCCACAUGGAAGGAUUUCGGGAAGAAGGUUCGCCUGCUCGUGCCCUACAUGUGGCCCCGGGGGAGCAUCCUUUUACAGGGCGUGGUGCUGAUCUGUCUCUGUCUGCUGGGCCUGGAGCGGGUCAUCAACGUGUUCGUGCCCAUCUACUACAAGAAUAUCGUGAAUGAGCUGUCAGAUGGAACCAGCUGGAAGACUCUGGCGACCACCGUCUGUGUGUAUGUCCUCCUCAAGUUCCUGCAAGGUGGUGGAGCAGGUGCCUCAGGGUUUGUCAGUAACCUGCGCUCCUUCAUGUGGAUCCGGGUGCAGCAGUACACCAAUCGCGUGGUCCAGGUGCGUCUCUUCGGCCACCUGCACUCCCUAUCGCUGCGCUGGCACCUGGGGAGACGCACUGGGGACGUGCUGCGCAGCAUAGACCGCGGCACCUCCUCCAUCAACAGCCUGCUCAGCUACAUCGUCUUCAGCAUCUUCCCCACCAUCGCCGACAUCGUCAUCGCCAUCAUCUACUUCAUCUCCUACUUCAACGCCUGGUUUGGCCUCAUCGUCUUCAUCUGCAUGUUCCUCUACCUCACUCUUACCGUCAUCAUCACGGAAUGGAGGACCAAGUAUCGGCGUGACAUGAACACUCAGGACAACAAUGCCAAGUCCAAGGCUGUGGACUCCCUGCUGAACUUUGAAACGGUGAAAUACUACAAUGCAGAGAGUUACGAAGUGAAUCGCUUUCAGGAUGCCAUCCUCAAGUAUCAGGUCUCUGAGUGGAAGACCAAUGCCUCCUUAGCCUUGCUGAACCAGACACAGAACGUCAUUAUCGGGGCUGGACUUCUGGCUGGGUCACUCCUCUGUGCCUACUUCGUCACGGAGAAUAAGUUCCAGGUGGGUGAUUAUGUUCUCUUUGGGACUUACAUCAUCCAGCUGUACACCCCACUCAACUGGUUCGGUACCUACUACAGAAUGAUCCAGAAUUCCUUCAUUGACAUGGAGAGCAUGUUUAAGCUCUUCACAGAGGAGGCAGAAGUGAAGGAUGAUGUCAACGCAGGAAACUUUCUGUUCAAGCAGGGGAAGGUGGAGUUUGAGAAUGUGCAUUUCAGUUACGUUGACGGGAAGGAGAUUCUCAGGGACAUUUCCUUCACCGUAAUGCCUGGCCAGACUGUGGCUCUGGUCGGCCAAUCAGGGUCAGGUAAAAGCACUAUCAUCCGACUGCUCUUCCGUUUCUAUGACGUCCACGGGGGCUGCAUCCGCAUCGAUGGCCAGGACAUCUCCAAGGUGAAACAGUCGUCUCUUCGGGCACACAUCGGCGUGGUCCCCCAGGACACCGUUCUCUUCAAUGACAACAUCCGUGACAACAUCCGCUAUGGCCGUAUCACCGCUAGCGACCAGGAAGUGGAGGUGGCUGCCCAGGCGGCAGACAUCCACGACAAGAUCUUGGCCUUCCCUGAAGGGUAUGACACCCAGGUGGGCGAGAGGGGCCUGAAGCUGAGUGGAGGAGAGAAGCAGAGGGUGGCCAUCGCCCGGACCAUUCUCAAGGCACCUCAGAUCAUCCUGCUGGAUGAGGCCACGUCCGCCCUGGACACACAGACAGAGCGCAACAUCCAGGCGUCCCUCGCCAAGGUGUGCGCCAACAGGACGACCAUCGUGGUGGCGCACAGACUCUCCACUAUCAUCGGGGCUGAUCAGAUCCUGGUUCUGAAUGAAGGCCAGAUUGCAGAACGAGGGCGGCAUGAUGAGCUGCUGGCAAAGGGUGGUCUGUACGCCGACAUGUGGCUGAAGCAGCAGCAAGCCCUGGAGUCAGACUCGGCCUCAGAUACAGAGGCCAAGGACCGCCAGACCGAGAAACUGCAGACAGCUGCAGGCCACAAGAGUCACUGAACGGGAGUAGCAGUGGCCAGGACUGAGGAGGGGAAAACGCAGGUUGAUUUCUGUAUAUUUCGAACUGACAAGGUGCCUACUGAGAAGUUGUUUGGACUAGUUUUGAGAUUUGUCAUUGCGUCCGUUAUGUUUUGAUCAAUGUUUUAUCAUGUAUUUAUUGGGUGUUUUGUAUGAUUUUGAAAUAUGUUCACCAUGUUCUUAUUAAGCCAGUUUUUUUUAAAGAUGAGGUCUUAACCUUGUCUGCUUUGUCUUGGGAUCCCUCAAAUAUAUACAACUGCAUUUUAUUCUGGAGAGAUGCAUACCCUGAAUGUAUUCUGGUCUUUGAUCUAGAAGACAGCAGUGUGUUCUUGAUCGUUUUGUUGAGCGGCACAUUUGAUUGUCUCAUUUUGUUUGGUUUGUGAGGAGAAAACCAUAAAAAGGUUUCAUUUUUGAGCCAAGCUGAACAUGUUCCACAACCAUAGUGGUGUCCUGAGAAGCUGUGCACUUUAGAAGGCAAACCUGAGGAGGGUAAGAUCUCUUAGUCCCUUGUUCAGCAUUGUCUAUCUGAAUUAAGACUUUUAACUCCUCAAAAAGUGAAUUUUGUUGCUUACUCUUAGCUUUCAAAUAUAACUAAAUGAGGCAAUAAUGCAAAAAGCAUUAUUUGGUUUCUUUCUGGAGAAGGGAAGAAUCAGUCAGCAUUUUGUACCACAGUUCUUCGGUUCAGAUGUCUCAUUCCUACUCCUAGAGACCCACUGUGGGUGGUGUCUGUCUACAGACUACAGACUACAGUCUGGGCCUUGGUCAGGCUUUUUAUUUUUUUCCUUAAUCGUUUUAAGGAUGAUUUAGGGAAAUUUACGCUUUGAGCAGUCUGUCAAUUAAGAAGUGCAAUUAGUUCUUAGAUUUAAGAAUAAUUGUUGAGAGAGCAAUACAGUCCAGCCUGAACAUGGCUGUCUUUUUUUGUGCAACAGUACUCAAAAUGUCUCAGGCAUGUUCAGGUGAGUGCUGAAUUGUAGAUCAAUCAUAAGUAUAAAGGAAUAUAAAGGAAUCACUGUCUAUGUUGUACUAUAUAAUGCUGAGUGACA